AUGGUCGGUGGUGCUUUGCAGAUUACUGGGCUGCUCGUUGGCGGCGGCGGCGUGAUCGGGACGUUUGCCGUCACGGGCAUGCCUCCGUGGAGGGUGUCUGCCUUCAUCGAGAACAACAUCAUCGUGUUUGAGACCAUUUGGGAAGGCCUGUGGAUGUACUGCAUCAGGCAAGCCAACGUCAGGAUGCAGUGCAAGGCCUACGACUCCGUGCUGGCCCUCUCGCCGGACCUGCAGGCAUCCAGAGGGCUGAUGUGCGCUGGGUCGGUGCUCCCGUUCCUCGCUUUCAUGGUUGCCAUUAUUGGGAUGAAGUGCACACGCUGCGUGCAGAGCAGCUGGCAAGCCAAGGGCUAUAUUAUCCUGACGGCUGGGCUCCUCUUCAUCCUGUCGGGUGCCGUGGAGCUCGUUCCAGUCUGCUGGGUUGAUGCCAACACCGUCAUCAGUGACUUCUACAAUCCCGUGGUCAAUGUUGCACAGAAAAGGGAGCUUGGAGAGGCCCUUUACCUGGGCUGGGUAGCUGCCUUCUGCCUCGUUGCUGCUGGAGCCAUAUUCUGUUGCUUUUGCCGCUGUUGUGAGAAAACCAGGAGCUACGGAUACUCCGCACCAACCCACUACCCCACUCACAGCCGGCACUUGCACAGGAAGACUGAAAGCUCGUACUCCAAAAGUCAGUAUGUCUGA